GUGUUCCUUUGUAAGAAGAAGACCAAAGAUGGUUACGACGAGCAUCGGCGGAGCUCUGGUGGUGGUUGCUCGGUCUCGGAGGAUUCCGACGAGCCCGAGGUGCUUCUACGUCACCGCAAAUUCCGACCUUCUUCGCUCCCAGCUUGAUCGGCUUCACGCGGAGGCAGAGUCCACCCGUGUCAAAGCAAACAGUAAUAGGUUGAGACUUCUGAGAUUAUCUGAGGCUGCUGAGAAUCUACGGAAACAAGCAGCUGUGAAUGUUCAAACAGGGAAAGAGAAUGACGCCAGAGAGUUACUUCUUCAGAAGAAAAAGGUUAUGCAAGCUUUGGACAAGGCAAAAGCUCGUAUUGAGUUGCUCGAUACGCUUUCUUCUAAACUUAACGAGGCAAUAUCUGUCAAGGAAACACAGCUGAUAGGCAAUAUAUCUUUGGAUCUCGAAGAGGAUGGAGAGAAUAGUACUUCAGGUGGAAUCCACAUUGUAUCGCCAAAGCCCAAAUCUACUGAAGACGGGCACGAAAAUGACCACACUCACUUGGAUUCUGAGGGAAGUCAACUUAUUGAAAAGAAUUUUGAGGAUUACCAAGAACUUCUCGAUAAUCAUGUACUAGAAGAUGUUUCAACUGGUAGCAUCCUUAAAGAAGUGUCUUCUUAUGAAUCUUUCUUGGAAAGUUUAGACCAGAAACUUAGCAGAAUCGAAGCUGAACUAGUCACGGUUGUGAAUGUUGCAUCCUUGGUACUUAAUCAUGAAGAUAAACCCAAGAAUCUAAAGGUUCAGCAGUCUGCAGAAAUUCUUGAAGAGAUUCGUCGUGUGCGGGAAAGGUAAUGCAUUCAAAACAUCACUAAGUUUUACUUUCUAAUCACUGCAUCAUUACUUAGUCCAUUAAGUUUUGUUUUGCUUGUCUAGAAUCGCAAAUAUCAUUUGCAAAGAGGCAAACAUCAAUUAAUGUGCUUCAAGCAU